AAAGCUCAGUUUCUGCCAAAUCACCGGGAGCAUUCCGAAUGUCAUCUCCAACUUGGCAUCCCUUGUGCUCCUUGAACUAGUGGGCAAUCUAAUUUCAGGCAGUCUUCCUGCAGACAUCAGCUGUUUGACCCGCUUACAGAUUCUGCACCUUGAAUUCAAUCACAUUUCUGGGCCAAUAGACUCCGUCUGCAACUUAGUGCAACUCAAAAGACUAAUUCUCAUUCGCAACCAGUUCAAUGGUUCGAUUCCUCAAGAGCUUGGGAACCUCAGGCAGCUCAAUAGCUUAAACAUUGAACAGAACCGGUUUAAUGGUAGCAUCCCUUCAUCAAUAGGCAACCUGGCUUUGAAUCACUUGGCUCUCAGCGCCAACCAGCUCUCAGGCUCCAUUCCUGACUCUCUCAGUCGCCUGCAGGAGGUCACAUACAUGUAUCUGCACAACAACCGUUUGAGUGGGUCAAUUCCAGCAUCACUGGCAUCACUGCAGAAUCUGGAUACCCU